CCUCUCAAGAUGGCGGCUCCCACCGAGACGGAGCGCACGGGGGCGGCCAUGAUACCUUCUGAACAAAGCCACCGAGGUUGCCGAGCAGACGAAACUGCCCCCCUAGGACCGAGCAGGCCCAGAGGCCACGCGCUUUUCUUCCCCAGGCGGAAAGCGGGAGAGUUCGUCGCUUUGGACGUGACCGCCCUGGCUUACGCUAUGACCCUCUUUUCUGGAUCUGAGAAGGGCACUGCCUGUCAGAAGGCGGAUUUGUGUGGUGAUGAGUGAGUCUUUUGGAUUGGUAAUGGGACGCGGUGUCAGACUGGAGAUUUAUGAAGUCUCGGGCGGGGAAGGUUUGUGGGACGAAGGUCAUAGGUAGCCUUAAAGGUCAAGUCCCUUCUCAACCUACUGUUGUGCCCUCAGCCUGGUGCCCUGUCCAAAAAAUGAUCAUUUUGGAAUAAGACCAAAGAAAUCAAAAUGAUUUAUUUUGACAAAGCCUGGAAUACGCCAUGUGAGGUAGUCUCCCUGUGGCAGGAGCUGUCACCUCCUCUGAGCCAGUUCGUCAUGUCUACAUGACUCCCUCUGGGACUGAGAAAGGCUGACCAGGCCUCUGCCCUUUUAGAAGAGAGCAGAAAAUGAUGAAGUCCCAGGGGUUAGUGUCAUUCAAGGAUGUGGCUGUGGAUUUCACCCAGGAGGAGUGGCAGCAACUGGACUCUGCUCAGAGGACCCUGUACAGGGACGUGAUGUUGGAGAACUACAGCCAUCUGGUCUCAAUGGGGCAUCCAGUUUCCAAACCAGACGUCAUCUCCAAGUUGGAACAAGGAGAAGAUCCCUGGAUCAUAAAGAGAAGCAUAUCAAAUUGGAUCUAUUCAGAUGAAAAUCGAGCAGAUGGGCAACAAGAUAGGAAGAUUAAUCUUGACAACCCCCAAUCAUGUAUUUUGGGGUCUGUUUCCUUCCGUAAUAAGAUACUGAAAGGAAUCGCAAAGGAUGGUUCAUUGCACUCCAUUUUAAGAGUCUGUCAAAGUGACAGCCAGCUGCAGAGAUGUUCGAAAAGCCAAGACAGACUUUUCAGGCAAGUAACAGUCAUCGACAGCAAAGCAGUGACUGUGGAAUCAGACCACAAAUAUAAUGCACUGGGGAAAGCAUUUCAAGAAUACACAGAGUCAGAUACUUCAAGACAAAGACCCCAUAGCUAUGAUGCAUUUAAAAAGAACUCGAAAUCUAAUAUUGAUCUACCUAGUUGUAAUAAGGGCAAUUCAAGAAAAAAACCUGAUGAGAGUUUUGGAUGUGGAAAAUCAUCUGUCUGUGGUAUGUCUUAUUCUAAUCUUAAGAAGAUUCACAGUGGAGUGAUUCCCUGUAAUGAUAGCGAGUGUGGAAGCAUUUUCAUCAAUAAGCAAUCUCUUAUUCAAUAUCAGAAUGUUGAAACUAAGGAGAAAACCUGUGUAUGUAUUACAUGUGGAAAAGCCUUUGCUAAGAAGUCUCAACUCAUUGUACAUCAACGAAUUCAUAGUGGGAAGAAACCAUAUGAUUGUGGUGCAUGUGGGAAGGCCUUCAGUGAGAAGUUUCAUCUCAUUGUACAUCAGAGGACUCACACUGGGGAAAAACCUUAUGACUGUUCUGAAUGUGGAAAAGCCUUCUCUCAAAAAUCGUCCCUCAUUAUACAUCAGAGAGUUCAUACUGGGGAAAAACCAUAUGAAUGUAGUGAAUGUGGAAAAGCCUUCUCCCAGAAGUCACCCCUCAUUAUACAUCAGAGAAUUCACACUGGAGAAAAACCUUAUGAAUGUAGAGAGUGUGGUAAGGCCUUCUCCCAGAAGUCACAGCUGAUUAUACAUCACAGAGCUCAUACUGGAGAAAAGCCUUAUGAGUGUACUGUAUGUGGGAAAGCCUUCUGUGAGAAGUCCCACCUCAUUAUACAUAAAAGAAUUCACACGGGUGAGAAACCCUACAAAUGUGCUCAAUGUGAGGAAGCCUUCAGCAGGAAGACAGAACUCAUUACACACCACUUAAUUCAUACUGGGGAGAAACCUUAUGAGUGUACCGAAUGUGGGAAGACGUUCUCCCGGAAGUCACAGCUCAUUAUACAUCAGAGAACACAUACUGGAGAGAAACCCUAUAAAUGCAAUGAAUGUGGAAAAGCCUUUUGUCAGAAAUCACAUCUUAUUGGACAUCAGAGAAUUCAUACAGGAGAAAAACCUUACGUUUGUACUGAAUGUGGUAAAGCCUUCUCUCAAAAGUCUCACCUUCCAGGUCAUCAGCGGAUUCAUACAGGAGAGAAACCUUACAUAUGUGCUGAAUGUGGAAAGGCCUUUUCCCAGAAAUCAGAUCUUGUUUUACAUCAGAGAAUUCAUACUGGGGAAAGACCCUAUCAUUGUGCUGUAUGUGGGAAAGCCUUCAUUCAGAAGUCACAACUCACUGUACAUCAGAGAAUUCAUAACAGUGGUAAAAUCAUAAUGAACUAAACACAGACAAGCCUUCAGUAUUAUCUCGAGCCUUAAUAGAUAACAGAAACCUAAUUAAUUUGAUACAUUUGCAGAAGAAAUCAUUAUAGAGAAAAUUUUAACAAGAAUUCAAGUCUGUAGUAUGAUGUUACCUAACAGAGCACAGAUGAUGGAAAAUAGCUACAUAAAUGAUAUUUUCACCAUGGCAUGUAAAGUUGUGAACUGAAUGGUCAGUAGAACAAAUUAUGUAUAUAGACUGUUUUUAAGUUACAUAUUCCUUAUUAUACUGCAUAACAAUAAACAGAUUGUGGAAUUAUUAA